AUGGCUGAUAUGGUGAAUGUGAAUGAUGACGAUGAAGCACGCCGAAAUGAAAUAAGAACUAUGAUUGUGGAAGAAGUAAAGAAAGCGAUAGAGGCUAGUGUACCCCGACUAGCUCAAGAAGUCGAAGGACAAGUAUUGGAGAUAGUUAAUACUUUGGUAACAUCUAAGGUGGAAGAAUUGAAAGAAAUGAUUAGUGAAUUGCAAGUGAAGAAAAGCAAUCGGAGAUGCACGUACAAAGAGUUCAUGGCAUGUAAUCCCUUACCAUACAAAGGGGAAGUUGAUCCGAUAGCUUGCCAAAGGUGGAUUUCAAGUACCGAAGUCGUGUUUACACGAAGUAGAUGUGAAGUGGAAGAUCAAGUAAUGUUUGCCACGGGCCUUCUACAACUUCAAGCAAAAGAUUGGUGGGACGCAUACUCGAAGGAGUUGGGGGAUGAUAAAGUACAGUCGUUAAUAUGGCAAGAAUUCAAGGAGUCAUUUCUGAAAUAUUACAGCCCACAAUCCGCAAUUGAUAAGAUUCAGGAAGACUUCUUACGUCUCAGACAAAAGAAUGAAACGAUUGACGAGAUAACGAACAAGUUCCUUGAGAGGGUGAAGUUCUGUGAGGAGAUAGCGGGGACUGAGAGGCAAAGGAUUAUACGUUACCAUGCUAUGUUAAAGGCUGAAUAUCGGGAAUUUGUAAAUCCCUCCAAGUGUGCGACGUUAAAUGAAUUAAUUGAAUGGGCAAGAGAUAGAGAAAUUGAGAUAAAAAUACAGGUUGAACGGGGAGAGAAAAGGGUAGCGGAGAAGCCUACCAACGCUAGUCCAUCGAAAAAGGCAAGAUAUCAAGACCAAAGCAAAAAGGGGAAAACAAGUAGUGAAAUUCCGACUUGCAAGACGUGUGGGAAGCAUCAUUCGGGUGAAUGUUUGUCGGGAAAGAAGGGGUGUUACAAAUGUGGACGAGAGGGACAUCCGUUUUAUAGGUGCCCCGAAAACCCAAAGGCGUGUUAUAAUUGCAAUGAAACGGGGCACAUUAAAGCGGAAUGUCCGAAACUCCAACAAGGGGCAAAGAAAGAUGGAAAGAAGGAUGAGUCUUCCAAGGCUCGUGGGAGGAUGUUCCAGUUAACCUCAGAUGAAGCUAAGACUAGCCCGGAUGUGGUCUCAGUACCCUUAGAAGUGGAAGUUGCUGAUAGUAAAAGCUAUUUGUUACAUGAUAUUUGUAGAAACUGUAAGAUCUUAAUCGAAGAUGAGGAAUUUAGUAUAGAUCUUGUCCCGAUGUACAUGGGGAAUUUAAAGUAG